GAUUGAGUUGUUGAGGGUUCUACGCAAGAGGAAGUAGGCGUAGAGUGUGUGGCUUGCGCGUACUGUGGUCUGUCAUACAGAGUGGAGCUUAUAUGUUUUACGUUCGGCUGUGAAUUACUGAGAAGUCAUUAGCGGUUGGGGACUAUGGCGCUGGUCUAUGAAAACUUGAAGCUACACACAACAUCAGAGAAGUUUUUUGUGGAAGCCUGUGAUGAGGGGGUUGAUGAUGUUCUUGCCAUUGACAGAAUGUCUACAGAAGUUGCUAUUACAGCAAAAAAGGACAUCCCACCUUCAGCUAUUACAAGACCUAUAUGUGGGAUCUUGGGUACAGUAAGAUUAGUUGCAGGAAUGUAUCUGAUUGUUAUCACCCGUAAGAAGAAAGUGGGUGAACUUCUUAACCAUUCCAUUUGGAAGGCAACAGAUUUUGAUAUAAUAUCCUAUAAAAAGACCAUUUUACAUUUAAAUGAUACUCAGUUACAGGAUAAUAAAACAUUCCUUUCCAUGAUCAACCAUGUUCUUGGUAUUGAUGGAUUUUACUUCUCAACCUCUUAUGAUCUUACCCAUACUUUGCAAAGAUUGUCUAAUACAAGUCCAGAAUUUCAAGAAAUGAGCUUACUGGAAAGGGCAGAUCAGAGAUUUGUUUGGAAUGGCCAUUUACUACGAGAAUUUUCUGCGCAACCAGAGAUUCAUAAAUUUGCAGUUCCAGUAAUUCAUGGGUUCAUUAUUAUACAUUCCUGUUCUGUAAAUGGAAAAUAUUUUGAUUGGAUUCUCAUCUCUAGAAGAAGUUGUUUUCGGGCCGGAGUAAGAUACUAUGUAAGAGGUAUUGAUUCUGAAGGACAUGCAGCAAAUUUUGUUGAAACAGAGCAAAUUGUUUACUGUAAUGGAGGAAAAGCUUCAUUUGUUCAAACUCGUGGAUCAAUUCCAUUUUUCUGGUCACAGAGACCAAACUUGAAAUACAAACCAAAGCCUCAGAUCAACAGUGCUCUAAACCAUAUGGAUGGAUUUCAGCGACAUUUUGACUCGCAGAUAAUUAGCUACGGAAAGCAAGUAAUAAUUAACUUGGUUAACCAAAAAGGUUCAGAAAAACCUCUUGAACAAACCUUUUCACACAUGGUAGAUGGCCUUGGAAAUGGAAUGGUCAGAUAUUUUGCUUUUGACUUCCACAAAGAAUGCAGCCGAAUGCGCUGGGACCGGUUACAGAUUUUGGUGGAUCAAGUGGCUGAAAUUCAAGAUGAAUUUGGCUAUUUCUUGGUGGACUCGGAAGGGAAAGUGUUAAUGACUCAAGAAGGAAUAUUUCGAAGUAACUGUAUGGAUUGUUUGGACCGCACAAAUGUUAUUCAGAGUUUACUGGCACAUCGCUCCCUUCAGGCCCAGUUACAGAGACUUGGAGUCCUCCAUAUUGGGCAGAGAAUUGAAGAACAAGUACAGUUUGAAAAGAUUUAUAAAAAUGCUUGGGCUGAUAAUGCGAAUGCUUGUGCAAAGCAAUAUGCAGGAACAGGAGCUUUGAAAACAGACUUUACAAGAACUGGCAAACGAACACAGUGGGGACUAAUAAUGGAUGGCUGGAAUUCUCUUAUACGAUAUUACAAGAACAACUUUUCUGAUGGAUUUAGACAGGAUUCAAUUGAUCUGUUUCUUGGAAAUUAUUCAGUUGAAGAAGUCUACUCUACAAGUCCUUUACAAAUUCCAAAAGACUGGAAAUUUUUAGCCUUGCCAAUCAUUAUGGUGGUUGCAUUUUCGAUGUGCAUUAUCUGUCUACUCAUGGCUGGUGACACGUGGACUGAGACUUUGGCCUAUGUCCUGUUCUGGGGUACUGCUAGCAUUGGAACAGCCACUAUUAUCCUCUACAAUGGCAAAGAUUUUGUUGAUGCUCCAAAAUUAGUGCAAAAGGAGAAGAUGGACUGAAUUCGUAAUUGUUAAAAGCAUCUUGGCAGUAAUUGUUCCACAAGCCAUAUCUGGAGUCUAUACUAAUCUGUUUUCAAUCACAUGGUUGAUCUUAUUAAUGUUUACAUUGAUUCAAGACUAUCAUAAGUAAUUAAUUUGCAUGCAGUGGUAUUAUACUAUGGGACAUAUGGAGCUCAUUAGAUAAACAUAUACAAGGAGACAUCUUAUUUAUUUUUUUUAUUCUAGGAUGAAUAUACAAACGGAGAGGACCAGUGCAGGAAAGUGUGGAGCACUAAGAGUCUAGUGGUAGUCUAGUGAAAUGCUCCCUGCCUUCCUGCUCACUGUCGCCUUCCCUUUGGAUAUACAUCUUUGAAUAUAAAAAAAUAAGUAGGUAUCUGUGAGUGAGGGCUCAGUCAUUUCAUUCUUUUAUCUGCUUGUAUUCAUAUUACCUGGACUGGUAUACGUGUAGCACCACCCACUAUCGGAGAGUAUUUUCUACAUUACUACUGAUCCGUUCCAUCUUGUUUGUCUGCAUGGGCAAACAAUGCUGGGAAUCCAUACCCAUAUAUGUCUUAAAGGAAACCUGUCAGGCCCUUGAACCCUAUUAGACCUCCCCAGUACCACAGUAUUUGAUUGCUGUGUCCAUACCUUUUUUUUGAUGGUUAUUCAGUGGUCCCAAUACCAUUAAGGUACUCAUAGGAGCUGCAGUUACAUCUAAUUAUACUGCUCCUGCCCUCCCUACAGGUCCUCAGAAUUGAUUAACAUCCUGUGUUCUUAGCUUAACAUAAAGUGCCUGUCACUCAGGAUGUCAAUUAAGCCUAAGUGACUGAGAGAAGGGCAGUGGCAGCAUGACCACAUGUCUCUGCAUCUCCGCUCCCGGCGUGAUUAGGAGUGCCAGGACCACCAAAUAAAGCUGAUUUAUAUGACAGUGUAGCAAAGGAGAAAAAAUAUGGGCACAGGUAGUGGGGGAGACUAAUAGGGACUAAGGGAUCUGACAAUUUUGAAAUUGUGUUCCAUUCAUAUAACAGUUUCUAAAUCACACAGUUCUCUUAUUGUUUUUUCAUACUUAAUAAGUUUGAAAUAUUUCAGAAGUAUUUGCUGCUAAGAGCUGCAGACAUUGUUGAAUAGCUGUUAAGGGUAUAAAAACAAACUGUACCCUUCCUGGACGGAGAGUGGUUGCAGAGCUUAUAAUAUUGCCUUUAUUUUUCCAAGUGUCAAGGAGGCAAUGCUGAGCUGCUAAAGUGUUACUGUCUAGCAUGCAUCCUCCCUUGCCUUAACAUCCCAGCCCCUGCUUGAAUGAUGUACAGGGCCGUCAUUUAAGGAUGGGCAAGCGAAGGAGCUAGUCAGGCUUUGGCACUUGAGCAGCUUAACCCUGCCUCCUUGACAUUUGGCUGAGAGAUAAGUUCUGCAACCACCAUCAGCUGGAGGAAAGGUACAGUUUGCUUUUAUACCCUAACAACUAUUCAACAGUGUCUGCAGCUCUUAGCAGCAAAUAGAGUUAACAGAUUCUCUUUAAGUUGAUGAGCACAAUAAAUAAAUUAGCUCUUAAGCAUUCUUCUCUUUAAUGAGUAAAAUAAGACACAUUUUCUUUCCUUCA